UAGACCUGGAACAGUGACAAAGCUUUGCAAAUAUAUUUAAGAUAAAAGAAAAAAAAAACUAGCCCAAUGCAUCAGGCCCCCUUUUAAAAAACAUUUCUUCCAAAGCCAUACAUCCAUGCAGGUCAUACAAAUUUUAGGGGAAUUAAACGCGCAGGACAAAACACAAGCUUUGGCAUCAAGAGCGACUGAGAACUGAGGAUGGUCAGACUGUAGUCAGAUGUUUUCUCUGGAGAACCUGCAGUAAACCCAGUCAGUCUGGUCCGGGCUGGGUUUCGUCCUACUCCCCUACAGACUCAGUGCUGAGCUGCACUGGAGCCCAAGCGGCUGGACUGUGAGAAAGGCUUGUUUCAAAUCUCUCUCUGGUCCUUAGUCUCAGAAGGAAAAGCUGAAAACUGAAAGGCCACAGCUCUGAAGCUUUUUGUCCAGCGUUGGAUGAAGAUGUUAACCACGUUCUUCUGACUCUUUCGGCCAUCUCAUCUGAACCCACUUUACCCAACAUGCACUUGGAGGUGAAGGUAGCGCUCAAUUUCAUUGUGUCCUACCUGUACAAUAAACUGCCCCGUCGCCGUGCCGACCUGUUUGGCGAGGAGCUGGAGCGCAUCCUCGUGUCUCGUUUCGAGGGGCACUGGUAUCCUGAGGCGCCGCUGCGUGGCUCCGCCUUUCGCUGUCUUCACCUGGGGGCGCCCAGGGAUCCGGUGGUGGAGCUAGCAGCCCAGCGGAGCGGACUGGACACGGAGGAGGUCCGAGCCAACGUGCCACCAGAACUCAGCAUUUGGAUCGACCCGUACGAGGUGUCCUAUCAGAUCGGAGAGAAAGGAUCGGUGAAGGUGCUGUAUCUCGAGGGCCCUCCGGGUUUGGGAGGGGAGGGCGGUAGAGUGGAGGGCGUCGGCAGCCCGAGGAAGAGCGACGUGGCGGAGCCUGAGGAUGGCAAGAGCAUGGGGUUCAACCCUGACGCCCAGGUUUUCGUUCCCAUCGGCGGUCAGGUGUCGCCCGUCCUGCUGCCGUCCCUCUCCAACUCACCCACUCCAUCCCCAGCCUCCUCCUCGUGCCAGGGUCUUUAUGGCUACGCCGCCUCCUCCGCUACUCCCCCUAACCCCACAGCCCACUCCUCUUCCAGCACCUCCUCUCCCUCUCCACCCAGCGCCGGCCUGUCGUACUUGCCCACCCAAGCGCCUCCGCUGCCUCACACCACCCUCCCCCCCAACCUGCGUCCGGCUCCUCAGCCAAUCACCUUCACCACUGCCAGCUUCGCCGCCACCAAGUUUGGCUCCACCAAGAUGAAGAAAUGCAGCACCUCGGGGUCUGUGGCCGGAGCCCCGGGGGUGGGCAUGAUGGCCCCCCCGCAGCAGAGGAUGCUGACCCGAUCCCCCCCAACCCUGUCUCCUCCCGGGCUGGUGAAACACAAGCCUCUGUCUCUGUCCCUUCACUCGCUGGGCGGGUCGGUGCCCAGUCAGCUGUCUCCUAAUGCCAAAGAGUUCGUCUACCCCGCCUCCCCAGGGCCCAUGUACUACGACACGGAGGCUCCGCCCCUGCCCACCCACACCAACCCCACCUCAUUUCAGCCCCCGCCUCCUCCGCAUCACCCCGCCCACCCCCACGCCCCCUUCGACCCCUUCACCAGCCCACCUCCUGGACAGGCCGUGGGUAUGGUGAGUGGCAGCGGGGGGAUCCCCUUUAUGGAGAAGCCUGCAUAUGUGGAGGGUUUGGGCGGAUACAACCUGCAGUAUCCCAGCCAAGCCUUCCAGCCCGUGGUGUUGGCCAAUUAAAUGUCAUCUCUGAAUAACACAUGAGGGAUAUACAGGCUGGUAUUCUGCUCUUUAAGGGACAUUUGUUACCCUAUGGCAACUGUUGUUACUAAUACAAAAAAGAAUUAGAGCUGUUACUAUGACUACUACAACCACAACUACUCCCUGUUAUCUAUGAUUCCUUUUUUUUUUUUCUUUUUUUCUUCUCCGGUUCAGUGUCGGAACGAGGGAGUAGCCAGGCUCCUGGUGCACGUUUGUGUUUUGUUGUUUGUUUUAUGGGGGGUUUUUUUUAUGUUUUUGUUUUUCAUUGAAUGUUUCGUGGACUCGGAUGUCACUUUGUAUUGGUGUCACUGUUUGACUUCAUCAUGGACUGUGGCUCAGCAGUGUAGGAAAAGCUGGAACCUGUUCUGAUGGAUGCUUUUGCUAGGCUAAGUGGUUAGCAUGCAGUUUGCUCGUGUCUCUGUCUAAAUGAAUGGAGCUUCAGGCGGCGUGUGAGAGCGCUUUGCCUGGGAGAGCACAGGCGUCUCUCGGCCUGUGUUCACAGGGCUUUGGGACGUGGGCCCGGCUGGCGCUGGGACAGCGCAUUUUGUUCAAGCAGUGACUUAAUCAUGGACCAUGCAAACAGAGUUUGUUAAGAUAUUAUGGAGAAGCAUGGAGAGGUCGGAUUGUAAUGGAGGCUGACCUUGGACGCCCUUCAGGUAGAAUGUGUUUUCAUAUUGACCUAAAAGCCAUAAAUAUGAACUGUAGUAAGUACACCCCCUACCCCCCUUCACGAACCUGCAGAAACCGGUGAAGGUGAGCGGGUGAAGUGGAGGGUGGAGCAGGAUGUAGUUGGGAAGGAGAGAUUGUGAUGAAUGGUUGAGUGUUCACUGGGGCUGAACCGUUUUACCGUCAUGGCUGCACUAAACACUAAACCUGGUGGCCAGUGUGGUGGAGCGGCAGAGAGGUGCGAGUGGACAUCUGUGUGGCGUCACUCAGAGAACCUUCUAGUGAUGUGUUGACGGACAUGACGCGUGCUUUGGGAGAUGUCCUUUUCGGUUCUGUGUGUUGGUUUGACUGAUGAAUGUUUUUGCUUAAGUUUCUGAGUGGAAUGAGUAUAUGCUCUUCCAUACUGACUGUGACUGGCCAGCAUCACACACAGCGAGAGACCGCUGUUAGCCGCACACAGGGACACGACCGGUGUUGGUUAAGACCGGUGUUGGUUAAGACUGCUGUCCUGCCUCUCUCUCUACCUCCCUCACCAUCAUUCAGCACUUUAAACAUAACGCCUGACCCAGAAUGCCUCUGGUCCUCCCUCCCCAUCAGCAUGAGCGCGUGGGGGUCAGGAUGGUCACUAAUGUCGGGGGGGGUUUGGAACGGGAAGGA